AUGAGAUUCAGCACGGUUUCUUUUCUUCUACUCGCCGGCUGUAGCACGGGUAUCCCUCAUGAGAUCCGUGGUGGUGCUGGAGGCCAUCCCGAGAAGCCUUUGGGGAGGACAGCGAAGAGGUCUACUGACCUUCAAGUUGAUGCUUCCCGGGCUCUUACGAUUCGAAGCGAUGGCCAUGGCGACCCAAUCGACGGGACACAAGAGGAGGACAUUGACCACGAGGAACUGGAGGAGAUAGAAAUGGGGAAGGGCUUGAAGGGCCGAGCUAUUGAUCCCGAGACUGAUCCCGACUCAGCUCACCUUGUACCACGGGCCAAAGGAGAGAAGGUCAUGCUUGAUCAGAUCACAAACUCACGAUACAAGAAGCCGCACGCCGAGAUUGCCCUCAUUCAUGCUUACAACAAAUACCGAAAGCCAUUGCCGAAUAAGGAGCUCAAGAAGAUUGCCGAUCAUGAACAAGCCCUUGUGAAGAACAAGCUUGGAUUGAAGGGCACUGCAGCAGCGACACCUCCCCAGUACUACGACUCGCAAUACGUAGUCCCUAUUCAGAUUGGUAGUCCACAGCAGACAACCUACGUGAACUUUGAUACCGGCUCAUCUGAUCUCUGGGUCUUUUCUACCGACACGUACCAACCUGAUCAGGCGGGCCAUAUUCUCUACAAACCAGACAAGUCCAAGUUAUCCAAGCGACUGAAUGGCGAGACAUGGAGCAUCAAGUACGGCGACGGCACUGGUGCCAGCGGAAUCGUUUACCAGGAUAGAGUGCGAGUCGGAGGGACCUAUGUCAACAACAUGGCUGUGCAGUCUGCUACUGAAGUGUCUGACGGCAUUGCUUCAGACAAGUUUGCUCAUGGAAUCCUGGGUUUGGCCAUGUCGAGUCUCAACACUGUCCGACCUACUCCUCAAAAGACCUACUUUGACCGAGUACAGGACGCCUUGGACGUCCCCAUCUUCACUGCCAAUCUGCAAAAGGGCAUGGCUGGAAACUACAACUUUGGGUACCUCAACCAAAGUGAGUACUACGGAUCUGUGGGUUUUGUUUCUGUGAAGAAGGACAGCCCUUGGUGGCAGAUCACCGUCGAGGGCUUCCGUGUCGCUCAGGGUGCACCGUGGCACAAGUACAAGUACUCGGCUAUUGUCGAUACCGGUACCACUCUUCUUCUCUUGCCCGACUACCUUGUCAAGUUCUACUACAAGAAGGUCAAGGGCGCCUACAUCGACAAUGACUAUGGUGUUUGGGUCUUCCCGUGCACAGCCAAGCUUCCCAGCUUCUACUUUGGCUUUGGCAAUUAUCGCGGCAAGGUCCCCGGCCAUUACAUCAAUUAUGGUCGUCUUACUUCAACGGUUUGCUACGGUGGCAUCCAGACCUCGGAGGGUAUUGGGUUUGCCAUCCUGGGAGACAUUCUCCUCAAGGCUCAAUUUGUCGUUUUCGACCUCAAGAAGAACCGAGUAGGGUUUGCCAACAAAAACACAGUCAAGGAGUGA